AUGAAUCGCGACCCGGAGUUGAAGGAGAACCUUCAUCGUCAAAUACGCGAAUACGAGGCGAAAGGUUACGCGCACAAACCUGCGGCAGCGGAACUUGAAUCCGCUAACCCAAGGAGGAAAUGGUAUUUACCAGUAGGAGCAGUGACAAACCCCAAGAAACCGGGGAAGACCCGCAUUGUGUGGGAUGCGGCCGCGAAGGUAAAAGGCGUAUCCCUGAAUAGCACACUGUUGAAGGGCCCAGAUCAACUUUCCUCGUUACCAGGUGUUCUAUUACGUUUUCGAUUGUACAGGGUGGCAAUCAGCUCAGAUGUACAGGAGAUGUUCCACCAGAUCAGAACUAGAAAUGCAGAUAAGAUAUCUCAGCUGUUCUUAUGGCGCAGCGAUCCGUCCAAGAAGCCUGCGGUCUACAUGAUGGAUGUCGCUAUAUUCGGAAGCACCUCCUCGCCAGCCUCGGCACAAUUCGUAAAGAAUCGAAAUGCUGAACAACAUUCGGAAAAGUAUCCUGAGGCAGCGAAGGCGAUUAUUCACGACCACUAUGUGGACGAUUAUCUUGCAAGCUUUAGCUCAGUGGAAGAAGCAGCGAAGGUAGCCAGAGAUGUGAGAUACGUACACGGCAGCGCCGGAUUCAAACUGCACAACUGGCAAUCAAACAGCGACACGGUGUUGAGCAAGUUGGGAGAAACUCAACCUGAAGCAGAUAAGCAACUGAAGCUCAUUGAAACUGGGAAAACAGAAAGAGUACUUGGCAUGCUGUGGUGCCCUUCCAGUGAUGAACUAAGUUUUUCGACAACGAUGAGUGAGGAAGUCCUAACACUAAUUCGCACAGCUACGCGCCCAACAAAGAGGCAGGUCCUACGAUGCGUGAUGACGCUAUUUGAUCCGUUAGGCUUGCUCUCGCCAUUUAUUAUCCACGGCAAGGUUUUGAUUCAGGACUUGUGGCGAGAAGGUACAGAAUGGGACGAGCAAGUUAGCGACGAAGUUUAUAUGAAGUGGCAGAGAUGGAUUCAGAUGAUCGACCAUAUAACCGACAUCCGAAUUCCCAGGUGCUACUUCAGCGAGGCCACCCGAGCAACGUACCAGGAUUCUGAAGUACACGUAUUCGUAGACGCCAGCGAGGUAGCGUAUUCUUGUGCGGUCUAUCUGCGCACAUUCUCCAAGAAUGGCUCUCCGCAGUGCAGUUUAAUUGCUGCUAAAUCAAAAGUCGCUCCAUUGAGACCAUGGUCCAUUCCCAGAUUGGAGCUGCAGGCAUGUAUACUAGGCACAAGAUGGGCGAAAUUCAUCCUAGAGCAACUCGAAAUUCAAGUAUCCAGGGUUCUCUACUGGACAGAUUCCAGAACAGCACUAUCUUGGAUCAAAUCCGAUCCACGAAACUAUCGACAGUUCGUCUCCUUCCGAGUAGGCGAGAUCCUGGAAUCGACAACGUCAGCUCAAUGGCGAUGGGUACCGACAAAGUCCAACCCGGCGGACGAAGCAACGAAAUGGGGAAGCGGCCCAUACUUCAACAAGAAUAGCAGCUGGUUUACGGGACCCCGCUUUCUACAACUUACAGAAGAAGAAUGGCCACGGGUCAAAGAUCCAGUGACCGCCACUACAGAAGAAAUUCGUGUCUCGGUUCUGCAUCACAGGGCCUUCGAACCAGCUAUAGAUUUCGAGCGGUUUUCCUCUUGGGAUAGACUGCAACGCGCCACCGCCUACGCGCUGCAAUUCCUGCAUAAUACGUCCAAGAAACAGUCGAAAUACUCCGGAGAUUUGCAGCAGGAAGAACUUCAAGCAGCGGAAGAAACCAUCUCUAAGCAAGUGCAACGGGAGGCCUAUGCAGAUGAAGUUGCGGCAUUAUUGAAAAAAGCAGCGAACGAACAGGGGCAAGGAGCCAUCGGGAAGAACAGUUCCAUUUACCACUUAAUGCCAAUGUUGGAUGAACAUGGUUUGCUGCGCGAGCGCGGCAGGAUCGAGACUGCGAAAAGUUUUGUUUACGAAGUGCGACAUCCUUUGAUCCUUCCGAGAAGACACCGUGCUACUGAACUCUUGGUAAAUCGCUACCAUCGCUACUAUCGUCAUGGAAAUGCGGAGACAGUUGUCAACGAGAUGCGCCAGCUAUACACUAUUCCUAGGCUUCGCUUGGUAAUAAAGAAGGCGAAACGUGAUUGCAAUUACUGUAAGCUUCGUCAAGCACGACCAACAGUCCCACCGAUGGCGCCUCUUCCAGUAGCACGCCUGGCACAUCAUGAACGACCCUUCACCUACACAGGGCUAGAUUACUUCGGACCACUACUGGUAAAAGUGGGGAGAUCCAACGUCAAGCGCUGGAUUGCGCUUUUCACUUGCCUGACGGUGCGAGCCGUCCACCUUGAAGUCGCCUACACGCUAUCAACAGAGUCAUGCAUCUCGUGCGUUCGUCGUUUUGUGGGUCGCCGGGGACCGCCAGCGGAAUUCAUCAGUGACAACGGUACAAAUUUCCAGGGAGCUGAGAGGGUACUGCAGGAUCAGAUAAACCUGGGACUAUCCACAACUUUCACUAGUGCCAGCACAAAGUGGAAUUUCAUACCACCGGGAGCACCACACAUGGGUGGCGCCUGGGAACGCUUGGUACACUCAGUCAAAGCGGCUAUGGGUGACGCAUAUGCCGAAGGAAAACUAGACGAUGAGGGGCUGCAGACACUGGUCGUGGAGGCUGAAUACAUGGUAAACUCAAGGCCGCUGACGUAUCUACCUCUCGAGUCGGAAGAAGCAGAAGCGCUCACACCAAACCACUUCCUGAUGCUGAGUACGAACGGGGUAAAAAGACCGGACGAAGAAGGGAAUAUGUUAGCUCUAGAAGAAUCCAACGAACUGGUCCGUCGAAAGAUACUUAUAAGAUCUUGGGAUAUCAUUCAACGCCAAUUAGAGGUAUUUUGGCAACGUUGGCUAACCGAAUAUCUGCCGGUAAUUCGUCGACAAGGAAAAUGGUUCAGUGAAACACGAGAGCUAGUUACUGGCGAUUUGGUAAUGGUCGCAGACCCAACGAAGCAUGGCGGAUGGGAACGAGGGAGAAUCGUCCGCACAAUCCAACAUCCAGAUGGCCGCAGCCGGCGAGCGAUUGUAAAGAUCGGUACAAAGACCCUGGUUCGACCGGUGUCGCGGCUGGCCUUGCUCGACGUAAGAGAGAAGAGUGAAGUUCCGGAGGACUCCGGACUACACCCGGGGGAGACUGUCGCAGCAGAAAUCAACGAACUGGCCACCCUGCGUUAA